GAUGGCGCCAUGGCCCUCUCCCGCCCCAGCUGGCUGGCCAACGAGGGCGGCAAGCACUUCCUCCUGCUGCUCUGGCUGACUCUCAACGUGGGGCUGUUUUGGAAAACUUUCUGGAUGUAUUACCACGGGCCGCAGUAUUAUUACUUGCAUCAGAUGCUGGGGCUAGGAUUGUGCCUCAGCAGAGCUUCGGCGUCUGUCCUCAACCUCAACUGCAGCCUCGUCCUUUUGCCCAUGUGCCGGAUUCUCCUGGCCUUCCUCCGAGGGUCUCAGAAGGUGGCCAGCCGGAAAACGAGGAGGCUGUUGGAUAAAAGCAAAACUUUCCACGUAACCUGCGGCAUUACGAUAUGCAUCUUUUCAGUGGUCCAUGUUGCUGCUCACCUGGUGAAUGCCUUGAACUUCUCUGUGCACUACAAUGAGGAGUUUCUCGCUCUCAACGCUGCCAGCUUCCAUGGCGAGGAUCCCAGGAAGCUGCUGUUUGCUACGGUUCCUGGAUUAACUGGAGUGGUUAUGGUGCUGGUAUUAUUCCUAAUGUCUACGGCGUCUACUUAUGCCAUUAGGAUUUCCAACUAUGACAUCUUCUCGUACACCCACAACCUCUUUUUCGUCUUCUACUUGCUGCUGAUGUUGCACGUUUCGGGAGGGGUUCUGAAAUACCAAUCUAAUCUAAAGGAACAUCCUCCUGGAUGUUUUAACCCUAACGUAACAGUUCAAAGUGACAGCAAAGAAGUGGGCAGUCUUGAACAUUCAGCGUCUGAACGUGGCCGGCCUUCUGUCCCGGGAGGGUCGGUGGAACUGAACCCUGCCAUCCACAACAGCUUAAUGCAAGUUUGCACAGAGGAACCAAAAUUCCAAGCGCAUUUCCCCGAGACUUGGCUUUGGAUCUCCGGCCCGUUGUGCUUAUAUUGUGCGGAAAGGCUGUACCGCUAUAUCCAGAGCAGUAAUAAACCCGUGACGAUAACUGCCGUGAUCAGCCACCCCUGUAACGUUUUGGAGAUACGUAUGAUGAAGGAAGGUUUCAAAGCAAGACCUGGACAGUAUGUUAUUCUACACUGUCCCAGUGUGUCGUCUUUGGAAAGUCACCCGUUUACCCUCACCAUGUGCCCGACAGCGACCAGAGCGACUUUUGGCGUCCAUCUUAAAGUCGUCGGGGAUUGGACAGAGCGAUUUCGGGACAUGCUGUUUCUGCAUUCGAGUUGGGAUGCUGAGAUUUUGCCUGUCUUUCAACAGAGGCAUUAUCCCAAGGUGUACGUAGACGGUCCCUUUGGGAGUCCCUUUGAAGAAUCCUUUAACUACGAGGUUAGCCUCUGUGUGGCUGGAGGCAUCGGAGUCACUCCGUUCGCAUCGAUCCUCAGCACCCUGCUUGACGACUGGAAAGGCUACAAACUUCGGAGGCUUUACUUCGUUUGGGUGUGCAGAGACAUCCGGUACUUCCACUGUUUUGCCGAUCUGCUCUGCAGCUUACAUAACAAGCUCUGGCAAGAAAACCGACCAGACUUUGUAAACAUCCAGCUGUACCUUACUCAGACAGAUGGGAUACAGGAAAUAAUUGGGGAGAAAUACCAGGUGCUGAACUCCCGGCUUUCUACUAGGCGACCUUGCUGGGAGCUCCUGUUUAACGAAAUCGCCAAGUGCAACCGACGGAAGACUGUUGGCGUGUUCUGCUGCGGACCAAACAAAAUCUCCAAAGCCCUUCACAAACUGAGCAACAGCAGCAAUUCUUACGGGACGAGGUUUGAGUACAAUAAAGAAUCCUUCAGCUGAAAGCCUCCGGGACUU